UCAUUGCGAAGAGAGUUGUAACCGCCCCUAGUCACCCUACACCAAUUUCCAUCAUUUGUCAAUUGCGCAUUUGUAAUAGGUUUUCGUUGAGAGUUGUGCCGGUAUUAUAAGAGGAAUUUUUUUCGAUAACACAUAACUAUGGAUCUUAUUUUUCGAGUGCCUUUUUUGGUACUCGAGGUUCCAAAUUUGAAGCUUAAAAAGCCAUCCUGGUUGGUAAAACCCAAUGCCAUGGUGGUCUUUUCCGUCAUAUUAUUGUCGUACUUUAUGGUCACUGGAGGAAUCAUCUAUGAUGUAAUUGUUGAGCCGCCAAGUGUUGGAUCAACAACUGAUGAGCAUGGGCAUACGAGACCGGUGGCGUUCAUGCCUUAUCGAGUUAACGGUCAAUACAUAAUGGAAGGUCUGGCCUCAAGUUUUCUUUUCACACUGGGGGGCCUUGGAUUUAUCAUCUUGGAUCAAACUCAUUCACCAUCAACUCCAAAACUUAACAGAAUUUUGUUAAUUUCUGUUGGAUUUAUCUGCAUCACUGUUUCAUUCAUCACUUGCUGGAUUUUCAUGCGUAUGAAGCUCCCCGGCUACUUCUAGUGGUAAGCUUGAAGACAAUUAAAAUUGUCUUCAGUAAAUUGCGAUCGUCGGUCGACGCUGCCAGGAAUUUCAUACGACAAAUAAUAAAACAACCAAUGAAAUAUAUGGGAAGAUGUAAGAAGUAAAAUGAUAAAGGACAAGAGAAUCUCAAACUCCA